ACUAUAGAGCCACAAAUAAUAGCACAAGCAGAGUCCAUAUCUUGGAAGACUUACGUUAUCCUUUAAGCCUCCUUCAGCUAACACAACAACAAUUUUUUUUGCACUUAAUGACGCUUAAUUUCAUUUCUUAUUGGGUCCUUGGGGGGAUUAUUCAUUCAUAUAAAACAAUCUGCAGCUGGUGUCAGCCUAAAGUCUCCCUCCUAUGAGUGAAGUCAUCUAUUAUUGAGCGAAAGGCCGUGCGUGGAAAUGUGUGUAAGACGGUGGAUUUGAAGUAGAAUUGGUUGCAAUCGAUCAAGGGUGAAGAAUAUUCCUGAUGGUAACAAAAGAAGCAGCUAUGUCUUUCUCGCAAUUUGGAUAUCCCUACAAUGCAACUUCACAGUUUUUCGUGUCGGCAAACCCCAGUACGACUUGCUGCGAUUCGAUUUCCAGGUCGGUCUCUGACGGGACAGGCAGCUCCCAGACUGCCGCUGCCGCCGCCGCUGCCUCCUUUUGCUGCCCGUCCUACGAGAACCGGCUCUUGGCAAGCAGCCGGACGGAGCUGAACGCAGCGCUGGGGAUGUACAGCUCUCCCUACGCCGCAGCGGCCGCAGCCAGCCAGAACUACGCCAACUACUUCCCCUACAGCACCGACCCAUCCGCUAUCUACUCCACUCUGAAUCCACAGUAUGACAUUAAGGACAGCACAGGCACUUUACACUCUGGCAUUACUCAAACUGCUGCGUACUAUCCUUAUGAUCACUCACUGGGACAGUAUCAAUACGACAGGUACGGGACAGUAGAUUUUAAUGGCACAGCCAGAAGAAAGAACGCUACACGUGAAACCACCAGCACUCUGAAAACAUGGUUGUAUGAGCACCGCAAAAACCCCUACCCCACCAAGGGGGAGAAGAUCAUGUUGGCCAUCAUCACCAAAAUGACACUCACUCAAGUAUCCACCUGGUUCGCCAAUGCCAGGAGAAGGCUUAAAAAGGAAAACAAGAUGACCUGGUCACCAAAGAAUAAGGCGAAUGAUGACAGGAAGGAUGACCUUAACAAGAGUGAGCAAGACGGUGUUACCAAAGAUUCUAAUGAUUGCAAGGAUGAAAAGGAUUUACAUCUGAGUGAUCUGGAGGAUAUGGAUGACGAUGACUGUGACAAGCUGGACAGUGACUGUGAAAAGGUGGCAUCGGAUGAGCAUGACCUACAGAGGACCAUGGCAGGAUCUGGAGCACCUCAAAAAAGAGACUGCAGCUCCGAACUACACCUGAGUUUAACUAACAGCUUUCACUCUUUCCCUUGUGCCAUCAAAAAUGUCACCACCCUUCCUCCUCUCCCGGCUGACUUCCUGGAUCCUGUAGUGUCCAAAGCACCCUCCUCAACCAGCCCAGCCGCAGGAACUGUGUCCCUGUCGCACUAUGAAGCUUCAGAUAAGCCACGGAUUUGGUCUCUGGCUCGGACGGCAGCUUCGGGGGUCAUUCUGAGCCCUCAGCAGCAUGGCUCUGAGCUGAGGACAGGCAACUCAACCGGGGACUGCCAGCUACAGAGCACCAGACUUAUCGGGGCUCCCACUGGACAAUGUGCAGGCAUUAGAGGCCUUCAUGAAUCUAGCAGUGUCACCAAUGUUGAGAGCCCCUUUUCAGAGGGCUCGUCCUUGCACUCAAAGGUCUAUGGCACUAGCAGCUAUGGUCCCAAGAACCUCCAACUUCACUGUUCAUCCUAUGCUGCACUCCCAGAUACAUGUCAGUACUCCACCAUUGAAGGAUUCUCCAGUGGCAAAGCAGAGACACAGUCAUCUGACCUCAGUGAAACCUGUGGGACCGUGCAGGGUGACAAGGUCACUGCAUUCAGACCAGUGAUGAAGAGGUGAAGCAGAUCGCUGGAAAUAUACCACAGUAACUAUUGGGACAUUUAUUAUGCACUAAAUGACACACCGGCCAACUAGCGGCCUCAGUAUGACACAUGGGAACUACCUGGCGCUGCUGCAGUGUGAGCUGUCAAACUGUGGACGUGGCUAUCAUUUUGCACAACAUUGUUUUUAUGGUGUUAAAGACUUUAUGCAAAAAAUCUAGAUGCAAAUGUGUGAGACUGGCCGAAUAAAAAAACGGCCGAAUUUGUGUAUGGCAAUCGUGUAGUGUAGCAAACUUAUUUAUUUCUUUACGUAUUUAUUAUUUUGUUAUGUCGUCUGUUGGUUAAUUAUUUAACGUGUUUAUUGGUUGACUUUGUAUCUCUUUUGAAUAUUUUGUUACACGUUUUUCAGUUUUUUGUGGCUUCGUGUCAUUUUGCCAGAUGUAAAAAGAGAAAAGCUUGUCGGACUCAAAGCUGGCUAUGAACGACUGGAUCCGCUGUGGACUUGGAAAUAUGUUUUGUCCCUGUGUUAAAAUGUGAGCUUCUCCUGUGUUUGCCAUUCAUGACAUCUUUUCUAACAAUACAUUUUUUCC